CUCCUCCAUCGCACCCACCCGGACCGCCUCCUCUUCUCCAGCGUCCGAUCACCAUUCCCCUCCUCUCCUCCUCUGUCCGCGCCUCCGCGGCCACCUCCUCUCACUCUCUCUCCUCUCUUCUCCCUUCUCUCCCCUCCUCGCCUCCCCGCGCGCGCGUUUUUAUAAGGGUUUCGGCGGAGGCGCACGGUCCCCGGCGAUGGCGGACGACGGCGGGAGCCACGAGGGCGGCGGCGGCGUCCGGGAGCAGGACCGGUUCCUGCCCAUCGCCAACAUCAGCCGCAUCAUGAAGAAGGCCGUCCCGGCUAACGGCAAGAUCGCCAAGGAUGCCAAGGAGACCCUGCAGGAGUGCGUCUCCGAGUUCAUCUCCUUCGUCACCAGCGAGGCCAGCGACAAGUGCCAGAAGGAGAAGCGCAAGACCAUCAACGGCGAUGAUCUGCUCUGGGCGAUGGCUACGCUCGGAUUCGAGGAGUACGUCGAGCCCCUCAAGAUGUACCUACACAAGUACAGAGAGAUGGAGGGUGAUAGUAAGUUGUCUACAAAGGCUGGUGAGGGCUCUGUAAAGAAGGAUGCAAUUAGUCCCCAUGGUGGCACCAGUAGCUCAAGUAACCAGUUGGUUCAACAUGGAGUUUACAACCAAGGGAUGGGCUAUAUGCAACCACAGUACCAUAAUGGGGAUACCUAAAGGGCAAAAACUGAAGACAGCAGCAAUUUAUGUGGUUAUCCAUCAGCUAGGGAAGUUGCCGCAUUGCUUCUAUGUUUAUUGGCAGAAAAUUGAAGGCACGUAAAAAGGGUGUUCAACUUUUGCUAUGGCUGCCUCUCAGAUGUAAAUUGGCUUCCUUGAGAAUAGUUCGCCUAUAAUGGUUUAGCGCUUGCUUUUGUCUGUAUAUUCAGAAUGAUUUGACCGUUGCUAUUUUGGCAGCCUUUUACAUUCACAGAUCUGUAUUGUGGAGCAUAAAUAUAAUGUAGUAGUCCUAGGAGCAAAUAAUGGUGAUUAAAUACAGGUCUGCUGUCACCUAUCAGCCUAUGCUCA